AUGCUGAUAAUCUCUAUUAACUCGGACACCGAACAGCUUGAGUCAAUGCGAAAGAGUGGAACAUUUGAUAUGGAGGCAAUCAUGGAAGACCGUACCGAACUGACGGGUGCAGGCUUCGGAGAUGCCAGAGAUAAAGUCGCGAAGACUGCACAGAUCAAGGAAAACGAUAACCGGGACUUCGCCGGAGAGACGACUGAUACGAUCCGCGAAUAUCUGACUGCGAUCGGACAGCAUCCGUUGCUUAGCAAGGCGGAUGAGAUUCGCCUCGGCCUCGCUGUGGAGCGCCGGAUGGAAUUGAAGCAGCGUCGACAAGCCUUUGAAGAAGAGCACGGAUAUCCUCCGUCAACUGCUGAACUCGUGGCCGAUAUCUAUCGGGCGCUGAGUGACUAUAGGUUCACGCUUCUAACAUUUGCUGCAUUGCUUGACCAUGAACUCAACGACAAUGCAACGCUGAGCGAGGUGCUGGCAAUUCCCGAGGUCCGGGAUGCGCUUGAUAUGCCGAUGGACGCCGACAUAAAGUCCGGGAUGGCGGUCGCGCUCGAAGCUAAGGAUGCGGAUGCCGCGUCGCAUGUCGGUUUAAUCUCAAAGCUGCGUUGGCUGCUUCCGCUCCAGGUUAUCUCUAUGCUCGAAGACGAUGCGGCCAAUGAGCUGCCCGAUGGCGCCAUCAGGGAAGUUGAAGGCUGGUGGAAGUGGAUAGAAAACGCGGGCAGGGGCGCCGGCGAGGAUCUGACAAACGCUAACCUGAGGUUGGUCGUAAGCAUCGCGCGCAAAUACCAGAACCGCGGCCUGCCAAUGCUGGACCUGAUCCAGGAAGGCAACCUGGGCCUGAUGCGCGCUGUCGAAAAGUUCGAUUCGCACAAGGGAUUCAAAUUCAGUACAUAUGCGACCUGGUGGAUCAGGCAGGCUGUUACGCGCGCUCUGGCCGACCAAGGACGCACAAUUCGGUUGCCAGUUCACGUUGUUGAGCGCUUGCAGCAGCUAGGCUCGGCCGAGCGCGAACUGCACCGCAGGCUGGACCACGAGGCUUCUCCUGACGAGAUUGCCGAAGAACUCGGCUGGUCGAUUGAGAAUGUUGAGGUUCUGUUGCAGCAGAGGCAGCACACCGUUUCGCUGGAAACCCCGGUCGGCGAGGAGGAAUCCACGCUUCAGGACUUCAUACAGGACACUGGGGGUUGGGCGACGGACGAGAUGGCGAUCCGCCUGGUCACCCGCGAGAAUGUUGUUGAUGCAAUGCAAGACUUGCCGCCUCGCCUGCGUCUUGUGCUCACCCUGCGUUUCGGCUUCUUUGACGACCGUCCGAGAACACUGGAAGAGGUAGGGCAGGAGCUGGGCGUUACGCGAGAGCGCGUGCGGCAACUGGAAAGGCAGGCGUUGGACAGACUGCGCAGUUCAGGCCGUCUGCCAUCCCUGGCAGAGCAAGGGGCGAUCUAA